GUGCUCCCAUGUCAGAGAAGGGACUGUGGUUAUCCUGGGAUAAGUGCCUCCGAGUGCACCAAACGAAACUGCUGCUACGACUCCAGUAUCCCCAAUGUGAACUGGUGCUUCUAUUCCCAGGCACAAGAUAAGGCUCAGUGCUCUGUGAGUCCAGCUGACAGAACAGACUGUGGAUAUCCAGGAAUUACAGACAGGGAGUGCUAUUCUAUGGGAUGCUGUUUCAACUCAUCUGUUCCUGGGGUUAAAUGGUGCUUCUCUCCAAAAGCCCAAACUAAAGUCCAGGAGUGUAAUGGCUCGCCCAAUAAGAGAAGGAACUGUGGGUAUCCUGGGAUCAGCGCCGCGCAAUGUGUCAGCAGGAACUGCUGCUUUAAUUCCAGCAUCCCCGGAGUAAACUGGUGCUUCUUCUCUCUGGCACAAGAUAAGGCUCAGUGCUCAGUGAGUCCGGCUGACAGGAUAAACUGUGGAUAUCCAGGAAUUACUGAAAGGGAGUGUUGUUCUAAAGGAUGCUGCUUUAACUCAUCUCUUAGUGGAGUUAAAUGGUGCUUCUAUCCAAAAAGCCAAGAUAACACCCAGGAGUGUGGUGGCUCUCCCUAUCUGAGGAGGAACUGUGGGUAUCCUGGGAUCAGCGCAUCACAAUGUGCCAGCAAGAACUGUUGCUUUGAUUCCAGCAUCCCUGGAGUGAACUGGUGCUUCUACUCUCUAGCUCAAGAUAACGCUCAGUGCAGUGUCUUCCAACCAAAGGCAAGACUGCGGCUACUCGGGGAUCAGUGCGACCGAAUGCCAUUCCAAAGGCUGCUGCUUCGACUCCAGCAAUCCUAAUGUCCCAUGGUGCUUCUCCCCACAGACUAAAGG